AUGGAGCAUCGUUACACAUCGGUCAAGGUGGCCAGUGUCAGCCCAUUCAAGAAACCACAGCAAUCGAGGUCGGUUGCCAAUACCGCGGUUGCUAGCCCACGAUCCAAUCCCCUAUCGUGCAUCUCCUGCUCCGAAAAACAUCUGUUGGUUCAGUGUCCAACUUUUCAAAGGCUCUCCGUUGGUCAACGGAGGGAACUCAUUGCCCAGAAACGUCUUUGCUGGAACUGCUUCAAGUCAUCCAAUGUCGCUCGGAACUGCGACUCAAGGUUUUCGUGUCGCCUCUGCCACGAAAGACACCACACGCUGCUCCACCAACCUCAAGCAUCACCAUUCCCACAGAAAGGCAGUGGCACUCCAGUCGUUGAGCAACCAGUUUCCUCCUCCACGUGUCGGGUCGUUGGUAUAACAAUACUGCACGGGUUCCUCUACACUGUUGUACCGCUACUCCUCCACGACGAAGUCGCUUGUGAUGAGCUGUACCAAGCUACUACGACCAGAAACGCAGACGGGAGGUGUGUAGUCGCUCUUCCAAAAUCUCAGAAUCCCCAUAUUACACUCGGUGAAUCCCGUGCCAUCGCCGAAAGACGUCUGCGAAGUUUGGAACGCAGGCUUGAGCGGGACGAAGCUGUCGAGGUAGCCUACCACGAGUUUAUGGACGAGUACCUACGACUUGGCCACAUGCGACGUCUAGAAGAUCCGGUAGAUGAUUCCCUGAAGCACUACUACUUGCCACAUCACCCUGUGUUUAAGGCCAGCAGCACUACGACAAAGGUACGGGUUGUAUUCGAUGCCUCCUGCCGCACAUCAUCCGGCAAUUCCUUGAAUGACAUUCUCCUCGUUGGCCCAGUCGUGCAAGAGGAUCUCCAGUCCAUCGAAAUGCGAUUCCGUACGAAACCUGUUGGAGUCUUGGCGGAUGUGGAGAAGUGGAACCGGCAGAUUGGAGUUGUACACAUCGACCGAUCGCUCAUCCGAAUUACCUUCAAAAAAGACCAACAGAUCCAAUCUCCACUCCAACUCGCCAACGAUGAAGGUGAGAAUUUCCCGAAGGCGAAGACUUUUACGUCGACGACCUCAUCAACGGUGACGAAACUCCAGAAGAAGCCAUCGAACUUCGUCGCCAGCUCAGUGAAAUGCUACAUUCCGCCGGUUUUCCAUUGA